AGUCGGAGGGAGGAGCCUAGGUUGCUUAAGGGCUCAAAGUUGGCGCUGCUGGAUGAUCCAGGAGGGUGUGCAGGGCGCAGAGUGGCAAAAGAAGUGGAGGCAGGUUUUGGUGAUCUCGGUUUGGCUCUUGUUGGUUGCGUGCCUCCAGCGUGCAGUCAAUCCUUACCUGACCUGAGCGGGAGUUUCCGGUCCCGCUCGCUGGCGUUUGGAGGAAAAUGAAAGUGAAAGGGGGAAGAGGAGACUUAGAGUAGAGAUCGCAGCGCCAUGAAUCCUCUGUCCCUGCUCAUCGCUGUGGCUUUGGGCUUGGUGCCUGGCGUCUCGGCUGGACCGGAGGCGAUUGAGUGCUGGUUCGUGGAAGAUGCAGGUGGGGGUGGCCUGACCAAGAAACCUGCCACAUUGCUACUGCGCCAGGGACCCAGGGGUCCACCGCCCCGGCCAGAUCUUGACCCCAAGCUGUACUUGAAGGUGGAUGACCCAGCGGGAAUGCUCCUGGCUGCCUUCAGGCGGUACCCCUCAGGCGCCCCUGUACCAUACUGCGAGAUGAGCCGCUUCAUCCCGUUCCCUGCCUCGGCUUAUUGGGCUAGACAUCUGAACCCGCAGCAGAGCUGCCCGCGGGCCCUGGACGGCGAUUGGCUGCUGGUCAGCGUGUCCAGCACCGUCUUCAGCCUCUCUAGCCUGCUGCGACCACAGCCAGAGCCUCAGCUGGAGCCCGCCUCCAUCACCAUGGCAACAGUGGUGCUGACUGUCCUCACGCACAGCCCUGCCCCUCGGAUCCAACUGGGAAAAGAUGCAGUGCUGGACCUGAGCUUUGCCUACAUGCCCCCCACUCCAGAAGAUGCUCUGUCUCCAGCCACAGGUCCCCCUCCCUUUGGGCUGGAGUGGCGGCGCCAACACAGGGGCAAGGGUCAUCUGCUGCUGGCAGCAACUCCUGGACUGGUUGAGAAAAUGCCACCAGCCCAAGAAAAGGCUGUGGCAUUUGCUGCUUGGGAUGACAAUGAGCCCUGGGGCCCAUGGACUGGGAAUGGGACCUUAUGGCUGCCGGCUGUGAAACCUUUUCAGGAGGGUGUCUACCUGGCUACUGUACACCUGCCUUAUCUGCAAGGACAGGUCUCCCUGCAGCUGACUGUGCACAAGUCCCCCAAAGUGUCUCUGACACCAGCACCCCUUGUGUGGGCUGCCCCAGGAGAGGCACCCCCGGAACUGCUCUGCCUUGUGUCCCACUUUUACCCUGCGGAGGGCCUGGAGGUGGAGUGGGAGCUCAGGGGUGGUCCAGAAGGCGGUUCUAGAAAGGCUGAGGGGGAGAUGUGGCUCUCCAACGUCCGUCACCAUUCUGAUGGCUCUGUGAGUCAGGCCGGGCACCUGCAGCUGCCCCCAGUCACUGCCCAGCAGCACGGAGUACGCUAUGCCUGUCGGGUCUACCACCCCUGCCUGCGAGCAUCGGGUCGCAGUGCUGAAGUCACCCUGGAAGUGGCAGGCCUCUCCGGGCCUUUGGUGGAGGAUGGCAUCGGCCUGUUCCUGUCCGCCUUCCUCCUUCUGGCACUCAUCAAGGCACUAGGUUGGAUGGCUGCCUACCUGACCAUUCCUGAAGACACGAAGGUAACAGCUGCCAGCCUGGAUUCAAAGAAGUCACAGUAAAGGCAUUCAGUUCAGUGGACGCCAUCCUCAUCUUCCUCCCCUGAACAUAGUCCCGUCAAGUCCUCUUCUACUCUGUCCAUCCAGUGGCUGGGGUUUUCAAUAUCUUACUUUUGUUGUUGUUUUAAACCUUGUUUUGGCCUUGGCUGGCCUGGGCUGCACCAAACCAACCAGGCUGGUAUGGAAGUCCCAGAGAUCCAUCUGCCUCUGCCUCAGGAGUGACGGAAGUCAUUGGCCACUGUGCCUCAUGAUUUCUUUUUUAUUUAAGAUACAUCUAGCAUUCUUAAGAUUCUAGGGGGUGGUUCUCAAAAAUUUGGGUCCCGAUACAUGUUAAAAAUGACCAAGGAGCCCAAAGAAUUUUCUUAUGUGGGCUACAGCUAUUGCAACUUAACUAAAAAAAAAAAAAAAAAAAAAAAAAAAAAAAAAAAAGAAGAAAAAAACCAGUCAUGGUAGUGACAUAUGCCACACUCUGGAGGCAGAGGCAGGUGGAAUUUCAUGCCACCCUGAUCUACAAUAGGGAGUUCUAGGUCAGCCAGUGUGAGGUCCUGUUGAGAGAACUAAACACGAGAAUAUAUAAGCAUGUCGUGGUGGUGUCACAUGCCUUUGAUCCCAGCAGUCAGGUUGGCAGAGGAAGGCGGAUCUCUGAGUUCUGAGGCCAGCCUGAUCUACAGAGUGAGUUCCAGGACAGGCUCCAAAGCUACACAGAGAAACCGUGUAUUGAAAAACUACAAAGUGUGUGUGUAUGUAUGUAUGUGUGUGUGUAUAUAUAUAAUCAUAUAUGUGUACAUAUGUAUGUAUGUUAUACAGAUUUGUUUUAUAUAUAUAUAUAUGUAUAUUUAUUAUACACGCACUGCAGUCCCUCCUUGAGAGCCACAGGAUCAAGAGCCACCAUAUGCUCUAGAGCAACAAGGGUUCUUAACCUAUAGGUCAUGAUCCCAUAAGACCAUCGGAAAUAAUCAGAAAUUUACGUUAGAAUUCAUAACAGUAGCAAGUCACAAUUAUAAAAUAGCAACAAAAAUAAUUUUAUGGUUGGGCUUACCACAAUAUGAGAGACUGUAUUAAAGACUGUAGUAUUAGGAAGGUUGAGAACCACUGCCUAGAUAAUUAUGAAGACUAAGGGAGCAUAGUAUCUUAAUGUGCUGGGGGCCUCUGGGACAGCUCUCGAUGGUUCCAGAGCAGAACGGUCCCCGAGUCUCCCAUGACCGACCACCGCCUGCCUCUCCAGCUCGCCUCUCCUCUCAGACCACAACGUUUCCUCUACCUGCUCUACCCUCGCUGUCUGUGGGCUCCGAGUGUCCCGGGUCACCGGCCGUACUUAAAGGAUGUCUGUCUGUCCUUGCCCUCCCGCCGGGCACCGGUCUAGUCGUGUGCCAAUAAAGUUUUUCCGAGUUUCCA